AUGGCGGAAGGCGUCAUGGUGACGUACAACUACUCCGAUACCGGGGAACACGCGAACAUCCUGACUGUCUCCGCGUCCGGGAUAAAGUAUUCCAACCGCUGGGUGCUCACCCACGGGUCGAUCCUCUCACCGUUGAAACAGGCCAAGAUCAUCAAAGAGGCUCGUGGUAAACCCAUCUUGAAUGAUGAGUUCUACAACACACUGCCGGAGAUGUAUGUCACCUGUGAGAAGGGGGGGCAACUGGCUAACGUGUAUCAGGGAGUGGAGAGGCUCAGUCGCGAGAGAACUGCCCGUGAUGCUGAACUGGAACAUAGCAGCUAUCAGGCUAGGGUUGUUACUGGCAGGAUCUGCCACAUCUGGCAGUGCCCAAUCCUCGACAGGUGCGUGGACGACAUCCUUUACAGCUGGACGAUCGGGCAUCGCGACGGAGACGUGGAAAAACAGACGCAGUUGGGCAAAGCCUUGCUCUCAGUCUUCGUGCUUAUAGAUUUGGAGAGCGACAAUAAAGGUCUGAAGACUCUUCGUCCACUGUCAGAACUGCUCGACAUGGUGCGACCACCCCCCGAGCGAGGCACAAAUAUCGAAGUGCAUUCGACGCCGUUCGGAUGUGAGGUCUUCCUAAAUGCAGUAACUCGUGGUUCUGUUUGCGGCGUUGUCGGGAAACGUCCAGCCUUGCUCCUAACAGAUGCUGCUACGGCUCUUGGCUCGGAAGGUGGGCCCGUGUAUACUGCUGGUCCUACGAAAGAGUUAGUAGGCGUCGUGGUGUGCAGUGUGUCCUGGUGGAGGGGAGAGUGGGUCGGCUUGACCCUGACUGCUCCGUUGCGGUCGAUUCUGGCUGCGAAGCUGAGGGUCCCAGCGGACUGCGUCAUGCGCGCUGCUCCGUCUCCUUUGCUGCGAGAAAUUUUAGAUAACAUCGAUCGAGUGACAAUGCUGGUUCGAUGUGGUGCGUCGUGGGGGGCCGGUGUAUACCUUGGGGGCGGGUUCGUCCUCACUUGCGCUCAUGUCGUCAAGAAUCACGCGUCGAGCAAAGUAUCGCUGUACUGUCAGAACGUGAAAGAGACAGCUAUAGUCCGAUACAAGAGCGCGGAUGACAAAGCUUACGACCUCGCUCUGCUGUUUACGAAUCCGCAGUGCUGGACACACCUCUUGCCAGCUGGCUUCAGCGAUAGUCCAGUAAAGAAAGGAGAGUCCGUACUGGCUGCUGGCUAUCCAUAUUUCAACGAGAACAAUCUAGAAGGUUUGAAGCCCACCGUGACCUUCGGGCACGUCAAUAAUGUCUCUCCAUCCAUGAUACAGACCUCAUGCUGCAUCCAAUCUGGGUUCAGUGGUGGUCCGAUAUUCCGAGUGAACGGCAGCCGAACAGACGUGGUUGGUAUAAUCGUCAGCAAUACCAAGACCAAGGCCGGAGCGUGCUAUCCCUACAUCAACAUGGCGGUCCCCUCCACUGCCUUUCUCAAACUGAUUCAGAACUUCAUCUUGAACAGAGACGAGAAAAAGCUGUCCACGAUCGAGAACAAACGCGAGAUAGUGCAAUCGCAGUGGCGUCUCCUUCCCUACCGUUCCAAGAUCUAA